AUGUCUAGUGCUCUUGUGUACGAUUCGAAAUCCGCAGGUUUUUCGCCGGAAUUCGAGUUUGGUGCGUCCUAUAAUCCGAAUGUUUCUUACCAUUUCAAUAGCGACGUUUCUCAGUACCAUUAUGGUGUUAAACACCCCAUGAAGCCGUUCCGGCUCAUGCUCACAGACCACUUAGUUUCUGCAUACGGACUCCACCAAAUAAUGGAUCUGUACGAGACCAGAGCUGCCACCAGUGAAGAGCUCACCGAAUUUCAUUCAGAAGACUACGUUGAGUUUCUCAAGCGGGUGACACCAGAAAAUCUAGCCAAACUGCCGCGUGGAUCAUUGGAAAAAUUCAAUAUAGGCGAUGAUUGUCCCAUUUUCCAAGGCUUGUACAAACAUUCUGCGCUAUACGCAGGCGCUUCAUUGGACGCUACCAGAAAACUCAUAAACAAUCAAUCCGACAUUGCAAUCAACUGGUCCGGGGGCUUACACCACGCCAAAAAGAGUAGCCCGUCCGGCUUCUGUUACGUCAACGACAUCGUUCUCAGCAUCUUGAACUUGCUGCGAUAUCACCCAAGAGUCCUAUACGUAGACAUCGAUCUGCACCAUGGAGACGGAGUGCAGGAGGCUUUCUAUACUACCGACAGGGUCUUUACGGUCUCAUUUCACAAGUACAAUGGAGAAUUUUUCCCCGGCACGGGAAAAAUGGACGAAACCGGCUGUUCACGCGGUAAGCAUUUUUCGUUAAACGUUCCACUCGAAGACGGUAUUGACGACGACUCGUACAUCAAUUUGUUCAAAAGCAUCAUGGAUCCAUUGAUUACGUCGUUCAAACCCACAGUAAUAAUACAGCAAUGCGGCGCAGAUUCUUUGGGCCACGAUCGACUGGGCUGCUUCAAUUUGAACGUCAUGGCUCAUGGAGAAUGUGUGAACUUUAUCAAGUCUUUUGGCCUACCCAUGCUGGUUCUGGGUGGUGGUGGCUACACGCCGCGAAACGUCUCUAGAUUAUGGACUUACGAGACUGCUCUGCUUAACGGUGUCAGUGUUCCCGAAGCUAUACCCGAAGACAUUCCCUUCAGACAGUGGUUCGGGCCGGAUUUUUCGCUGCAUCCAGUUCUGGAUAACCUUUACGAAAACAAAAACUCAAAAAGCUAUCUCGAAAACCUUCGCAUUCGCUGCUUGGAAAACAUUCGUUUUCUUCAAGGUGCACCAAGCGUACGAAUGGAUCAGGAACUAAUACCUACUCAGGACAUCAGCGGUCUAACGCAAGAAGAGGAAGACGCAAUAAAAGAGCUCAAUGAAGAGACUGAUAGGUUUAGAUUAGAGCAAACGGAAAAAGAUAGCAUACGGAAGGGUGAACUGGUAUAA